AUGUCAAUAAUCCCACAUUUUCGGUUAAAAAAACUAAAAGUAAAGCCCAAAAGGAAUCGUACAAUUAGCCCAUGUAUCACUGAAAUGAGUGCAAUGCUUGGAUGUUGGGCAGCCCAUGGAGGCCAACCCGAUGCAAUCGCUUGUAAAGCCUUUGUAGUUGCUUUAGAAAAUUGUAUGAAAGAAAAGACUCGAAAAAAUCAGACGGUUAAUACAAUCAAUUACCAUCUUUCACGCCUAAAAAAAUGGCUGUAA